AUGCCAAGUUGGUCACCGUUGUUUGAUGAUGGUUAUAUCAAUUCAUUUUUCACUGAUUACUUCCCUAGAAUGCCUCAUGAAUUGAUAAUACACAUAUUACUGUUGUUAGAAGUUAGAGAAAUACUCCAAUUACAAUGUUUAAUUAAAGAUAAACAUAUCAGAAGUAUCCCGUUCCGACAAAUCAAGAAAAAAGGAUUGCACAUAAGUGUUCCUGAUGAAUGGACGGUAGACGAGUUUCUGGAUCUAGCUGAUAAACUUUCUAGUAUACACGAAGCAAUUCAAACAAACGAUGAUAAUAAAUAUAAUAUAAUCCCAAUUUCCAUUUCUAUUCCCUUUUUUAGACUGACAUCAAUAAAUAUUGUCGAUAAUUUGUUACAAUAUCCUGAUAAUUACGAUAUUGAAUUAAAAAUUCUGCAGAUCGAUCUUCGUUUUCAGAAACCACUUCUAAAACUAGAUUUUAUUAAUAACGUUAGUCAUUUAUCAAUAUCAGACUGGAACGAGUAUUCCGCGCUGGAUCAAGCCAAACUUAAAUUGGAUUAUUCAGCCUUUUUUAAUUUAAGAAAGUUUCGUCUUUCCACUCAGUCAAGAUCUCCCAGGGUGAAUUUUUGGGCUUGGUAUGAUACUUUGGUUAGUUUAGAUCUAAGGGGCGUUAAUGUUGGACAUGAAUUCUUAAAAUUUAAAAAUUUAGAAGAUCUCAUAAUCUCUAUGACACCUGGACAGAAUACAUAUAUAAAGUAUAUGCCUAGGUCGCUUAAAAAGUUGAAAAUUUUUGCAAUUUCAGAUCGAUCAGGAAAGUGCAUUAUCAGCUCAUUUAGAGAUUGGCCUUCAAAUUUGCAGAGUUUGAGUAUAAAUGAUAUGUAUAUGAGCGAAGAACAGUCUAUUUUCAAAGAGUUAGAAAACUUCAAACUUCCAUCAAAAUUAAUUACGUUAAAAAUAAAAGGAAAACCAUUAUAUAAGAUACUACAGCAAUUGCCUAAUACAUUAGAAGAUUUGUAUAUUGAAUUUGAGACUGAAAAAACAUAUGGACCAAUUUCGGAAAACAUAAUAUUUCCGUCAGGAAUGAAAGAUAUAACUUUAAAGGGAGUAGAUUUGAUGAUGCAAGAAGCUAAAUGUAUGAAACUUCCUCUGAAAUUGGUUAAUUUUACGUUGAAUGCUCUUCGAAAUUCAUGUCCUCUAAACGAUUACAACUUUGAAUUGUUAAAUCUGACAUUAGAAAGUCUAGUGAUAGAUCGAUAUGAUAGCUCGACUCCUUUUACUAAAUUAGAUUUCAGCCAGUUUUCUGUAUUAACAUAUAUUCGCUUAGGGCAAUGUCAGAUUGUAAGUUUGGAUAAUUUUAUACCUCCAUGUUGUUUGGAAAAACUAGAUAUUAGCUAUAACCCAAUAACUUCAAUCGAUGAAAAUUGUGCUUUAUUCAACAACCCAAACAAAUACUCCAAGUUAAACGACUUACGAAUAACAGAAUGUGAAAUUAAUUACAUAUCUCCUAGAAUAAAGCUUCCUAUAAAUUUAGAAUUAUUUCAAAUUGCUGACAAUGUUGAAAAAGAGUUCUAUCUAAACUCAUCAUUUAAAAACCAUCAAGCAUUGGAAGUCGUAUCGAUAGCGAUGGUAUCUAAAAUUGAUAUUUAUGAAGGAGAAGAUAAUGUGGAACAAAGGGAUCCAGUAGUUGUAAACCGAAGAUCUGAAUGGAGAAGUAUAGAAUUCGAAAUGAAAUGGGAUCCUAUAUAUGACGAUGAAGAUGAAGCUAUACUUCAUGAUUUGUGUGCUAAAGUCAAUUCAUAUUUACUGAUUGAUGAAGAAGAGGAUGUGGUACAAAUAAUUGCUCUUUAA